GCUGUGUCUAGAGUCCAUGUUGCGGUCUCCCAAUUUUUUUAUAUUUUCAAGAUUUAGUUUAAAGUUAUCGUUAUAGUUAUAAGCUAAAUUUAAGUUGUUUGUGUGUGAUAUCAAUGUUGAUAUAAUCAACUGCUAUCGUCGAUUAUUUACUCUAGCAGAGGCAAUUUGGGUUAUACCAUUGAAUUAACCAAGUAGCUAGUGAACGUCGGACGAGUACCAGAAAAGUGUCAGCUACGUGAACGACGGCAAACUGUAGAUCGGAUCAGGUGGGAAACUCCUCCAUAUGGAUCUACACCUGCUCACAUGAUGAAUAUGGAGGUCGAAGGUGCUACAGAGGAGCCCAUGGUCCUUACUGCUAAGUCUGAGGAGGUCAAUGAUAAUGAAAUGGAGGAGCAAGUGACCAAGGACAUUGAACCAAAAAUUAAUGGUGCCGACACAGACAUAAGCAAUAUACACGAAGAAGUAGAUUUAGAUACACUCAAAAUAGAACAAGGUUCGUCCGAAGGUUCGGAUUCCGAUGAUGAACUGAAAGAAGCUGAACUAAAGGAGGCUUUUCAGCAUCUACAGAAUUUUAACACACAAAUUAUAAAAAAGAACUAUAACGAAACAGGGCCACCUAAAGAUAUUGUAAAAUUUGAAAAUUUAGAAGAUGAUUUAGAGGAUAUUAACAAUGAAUUUGACGACGAUUCUAAAGACGAUCCAAAUCACGAUGGCCACGUUUCAAAUGUCGAUAGUUCGGAAAUCAUCAAUAUUUCUACUAGUUUACAUGGUGAUAGUAAUGUAGUAAAUGAAAACCUAGAUAAUGAUUCUAUCGAUGAAAAUGAUUGUUCAGAGAAUUUAAAUGAAGAGUCUAAUGAAAAUUCCGAUUCAGGUGUCAAAGAGUCAUCGGAAAUUAACAAUGAAAAGGCAAACAAUAAAGAAUUGUUGCAACCAAAACCAGUAGAAAAAAUGCAAUUAAGAAGAAGUAGUAGAGGAAUAAAACGUAAACGGUAUGAUGACGAGGGGCCCGAUAUUGAGGAGAAAAAAGCAUUGCCUCCCAUUAAAAUUAAAUCACCAAAUAAGCCUAUUUUACCAAAAAAUAUCAUCAAUAACAUUGCAAACAUUCCAAAUUUAUAUCAGAAAGUUUUAGGCCCCAAUACUACUUUGACGCCUAUUGGUGUUAAGAAUAAAAAUCUGACGAUAAAACCAGCCCAAGCGACUCCACAACCUGCUAUAUUACCAUCCCUCACUGAUGAUAUGUUCGUCGUCGAAGCCCCCUCGUUUAUUGUACCCUAUGUUUAUGAAAAGCCUCCUGUAGAACCGUUAAAACAGUUUGUUGAGAAACUGCGGAAAGAAGUUGCAGAAGAAAAACUUAGGAAGGAAGAGGAGAAAAAAGAAAAGUUAGAACUUAAAAAAUUAGAAGAUGAAAAAUUUGAAAAGGACGAGGUUGAUAAGGCGUCUACAAAAGAAAAUGGCGAUAAAUUAGGCAGUUCCGAUACAGAUGCUAAAGUUAAAAAAGAAGAUCAAGACGAUGAAGAGAAAGACGAAGCAUCUGCUGAUAAAGAGCAAGAAAAAAACAUAGAAGAUGAAUCUUGGGACGGAUAUUCUUCAGACUCUAAGGAUGAUGAUAGCGGCAAGGAAAUUGACUCCAAUUUAGGCAAUAAAUCUAAAAAACUAGACUACUUUGAUCUCACACUUGGUAAAUUUUUCACAAAAAUUGGCCUUAAUUUAGUUAAGAAAUAUGUUCAAAACGAUUUACUUAAGCAACAAAAUAGGAAAUUGGUGAAAGAAAAGAAAUUGGGACUAGUAACACAAGCGACCCAACUGUCUAUUGUAAGUCUAAACAAAAAUAUAGCUGCUAGUGAUAAAAAAUGUGCACCGUUUGAAUUCGAGCAACAGAAGUGUAAGUUUUGUUCGUUCAAAUCGGAGUCACGCAUGGUGUUGUCUCAUCACAUGGAAACGCCGCACAUGAAAAACAACAUGUACAAGUGUAAUUUCUGUACGUUCGAAGUGAAAGGACCACACGAUAUCCUAUUUCACAUGGAGUGGCAACACGGUAUACGGGCAAAGUUCGAGAGGCCGCCGGCAUAUCAUCAGUGCUCGAACUGUCCAUUUGAGGAUAACGGAAAAGGGAAGUUGGCGCGGCAUCAAAUAGCAUGCGCGAAACGGUUCAAACCAAAUCUCAACUUGGCGCCGCCAUUCGAAUGGGAACCGCCGGCGAAAAUACUCACGGCGCGAACGAAAACACCAAUAAUGAAUCCGUACCAGUACAACUUCAAUCGGGCUCCCAUGAUUCAGAAUCACGUCGGAAAGGCUAUCAUAAACAGUAUAUUACCAAACAACUUCCGACCUCGAUUACGGACGCCUGUGCCCAUGCCCCGAGCUAACUCCGUGCAAGGUGUAUCAAUACUCAGGGGUGGGGCGACCAUCAGGCCCAGUAUACCCUCUGCAGCCUUCAUGCAGAAUAAUUUCCCUAGUGGCUCCAAGCCGAAGCUAUCCAACCAUCCGUCAAUAUCCAUAACUCCGUUACCAAGACAAGUUCAGACUCAACGACAGAUGGUCCCACCCAACAAGGACGGGUGUGUCAUAUGUGAGAUCUGUGAUGGCUACAUCAAAGAUCUGGAGCAGCUGCGAAGCCACAUGCAGUGGAUACACAGGGUCAAAAUACACCCCAAAAUGAUGACCAACUCCCCACCUCUCAACUGCCAGAAGUGUCAAUUGAGGUUUUUCACGGACCAAGGUUUGGAGAGGCACCUGCUAGGUUCUCACGGGCUAGUCACCAAGUCUAUGCAGGAGGAGGCCAACAAGGGGAAUGAUGGGGGAAGAUGUCCAAUAUGUGGCAGGGUUUACCAGUGGAAGCUUCUGGAUCACGUGGCCAGGGAUCACAAGAUGAAUCUCAAACCUGCACACCUCUCGUACAAGUGUACCGUGUGCUCCGCCAUAUUUGGCCUUUACAAACAGUUCGAGAACCACGUCUACUCGGCCCAUAGUGUUGUAGCCAAACGGGUCAUGAACAAAGGCAAGAGCUUACCACAGUCCAAGAUAGGAAACUCCAUUCUCAAGCCGCUGAGGAAUAGAGACGAUUUAACAAUUACACCCUCAUCAGGACGGAGCCUGUCAUCGGAUGAGGAUUAAUGUGUUAACAAUAUAGAAGCCCAAGCUUGCCAAGCGAUCGAUGGACGAAGUGACCGACUAGUGUGCAUUCCAAUUACUACACAACACCAUAAUGAGAGAGAGACUCUUAAAAUGUACAAAAUACUACCUAUAUACCCCUGGGUUAUAUUACAUGUCAUAAAUAGGUAUUAUAAAAGAUGAACAAAAACUUCACUGAAAUUUUUCACUUUUAUAUAAUUUGUACUGUACACAUAUAGAUAGUACAGAACUUUAGAGUUUAGACUAUAUCAUGAAAAUAAUUUGUUAAUAGUGAAAAUCAAAUGCUAGGCUAAAAACUUAGAACCAUCAUAGAUAUUUAAAUUAGAACCUGAGAUUGAUAAAGUCCUGUAAAAGAAAUUUUAAAAAGCAAUACAACUUGUAAUUUACAUUAUUGUUGAUCAAUGCUGCUUAGAGAUAGACAUAGUUUCUAACCGAAUAAUUUACACUUUAAACAGACCUUUUAAUAUUUAUGAUUGAUUUCUCGGCAACUAAUCACUUAGGUACUUAUUCUAGGAGUUAUGACUUAUCCCAGAGAAAAUUACUCUGUUUUCUAAAGAGAUAUGAGGUUUUGUCUACGCUAGAAUGCAGCACUAGUAGUUCAAGAAAAUUAGCUGAAAAUUUGGCAAAAAUAAAGUACUCGACUUUUAUCUAUCAAGAUAUGUUAAAUUUAAUCUACCCUCCCCUCCGGGGUGUGCGUCACCCCCCCCCCCCCCCCCCCCGAAACGUGGUAUUUUCCACUUAAAUAAGAAACCGUACUCGAUACAUAAAAAGUAUGUAGGAACGAACGCAGUAGACUAAAUUUAACUUUACUCUGUAAGCUACAUAUCCUGAUAGAUAAAAGUCGUACUUUAUUUUUGCCAAAUUUUCCAUACGUACAUUGAAUUUAAUUUUCUCAAACUUUAGCAUUAUAUACAGUAAACAAAAAG